AUGGGGCACAAAGAGAAAUCUAAAGAGCGACAAGAGAAGAGGUUGCAAGAGAUAUCUCUUCUCAGGACAAUUCCUUAUGCAGAUCACCAGAGAUGGUGGUCAAAGGAAACAAUUGCAGUGAUUACCGGAGGAAACAGAGGAAUUGGGUUCGAGAUCGCUAGACAACUUGCUGAUCAUGGAGUAACUGUAAUACUAACAUCAAGAGAUGCCAGUGUUGGUGUUGAAUCAAUUAAGGUCUUGCAAGAGGGUGGUCUGAAUGAUGUGGCAUGUCAUCAACUUGAUAUUCUAGACACUUCUUCCAUCGACCAAUUCUGUGACUGGUUGAAGGAAAAUUAUGGUGGCUUAGACAUUCUGGUAAAUAACGCUGGUGUUAAUUUCAAUUUUGGGAAUGAUAAUUCCGUUGAAAAUGCUAAGUUGGUUAUUGAAACAAAUUAUUAUGGCACCAAGCGUAUAAUUCAAGCCAUGAUUCCACUGAUGAAGGCAUCAUCUGCUGGUGGACGCAUUGUAAAUGUGAGCUCGCGUCUAGGUCGACUAAACGGCAGACGAAAUAGAUUGGAGAAUGAUGAAUUGAGGGAGAAACUAAGUAACGUGGAUACAAUUUCAGAGGAACUAAUUGAUGAGAUGGCAGAAACUUUUCUGAAACAAGUGGAAGAUGGAACUUGGCAAUCAGGAGGAUGGCCUCCAACGUUCACAGAUUACUCGGUGUCAAAACUAGCAGUGAAUGCUUACACAAGGUUCUUGGCCAAGGAGCUUUCUCAGAGACCUGAUGGUGAAAAGAUUUUUAUUAACAGCUAUUGCCCUGGUUGGGUGAAAACUGCUCUCACAGGUUAUGCAGGAAGUGUGUCAGUUGAGGCUGGUGCUGAUUCUGGAGUCUGGCUUUCCCUUCUUCCUGACCAAGCUAUUACAGGCAAAUUCUUUGCAGAGAGACGGGAAAUUAACUUUUAA